UUCGCCGCCGGCCGCCCCCGUGCCCGGCGGUUGCGUUCCCUCCGCGGCGGAGCGGGGCGGGGCCGGGCCGCUGUGCCCGCUGAGCGAUGUCCCCGCCGCCGGCGGAGGCGGUGCCCGAAGAGGUGCUGGAGCAGUGGCGGCAGUACAGCGAGAGCGAGCGGCACUGGGCUGCGCGCCGCCGCUUCAUCCUCCGCCACCUCCACAGUUACCCCGGUGCCGCCAUCGACCGGCUGCUGGCGCUGUCCGUCCUGUGGAGCAACCACGUCUUCUUGGGCUGCAGGUAUGGCUCACAGGUCAUGGAAAAGGUUCUCAAGAUGGCAGAGGGCAUCGACAUCGGGGAGAUGCAGACGUUUGAACUGGUCCCUAGCAAGAAGCUGAAGAGACAGCGGUCCCCACCUGACAGUCCAGAGCGGAAAGAGAUUCCUGAACCUCCCAAAAAGGUGGUCCCUAGGUUCCGUGUGCGGCCACGUUUUGAACCCAUCCACUUCGUAACCAGUGCUGAGAAGGAUGGCAAGAAGGAAGAUUCUCUGGACAGCCAAACACAGGAAAUGCACCAAGAGGCAAAUACAGACAGUGUAACACAGCCAGCUGAAAACUGUAUAGAUUCUCAUUCUGAGAAUGCCCAGCGAGUGGAUCCCCAGAUCUCCAGCUCAGCUGGAUUUGGCUUUGCAAGCCAGGCAGCAACUCCCAAUAAGGCUGUGAAUAGUACGGACGUUGCCACAAGUGGCAUGUUGCAGGUUUCUGUUCCUCCCUCAUCUGUCCAGUCUGUAUCAGAGACUUUCCCUCCAUCAGCUAUAAUGCUGAAGCAGAGUUUUAUUGAGAAACUGUCAGCAGCUGUCUGGAAAAAUCUUGCUAACCCAGAUGCAAACAUUGGGACUGAUAAAAUUAACUAUACGUAUCUCUUGACACGUUCAAUUCAGGCAUGCAAGACAAAUCCUGAAUAUAUUUAUGUUCCUCUGAAAGAAAUUGCCCCCGCCGACCUCCCAAAGAGUAAGAAGCUCCUAACAGAUGGCUUUGCUUGUGAAGUACGAUGUCAGAAUGUCUACUUGACCACUGGUUAUGCCGGCAGCAAAAAUGGAUCUAGGGAUCGAGCCACAGAACUGGCAGUCAAGUUGCUGCAGAAGUCUGUAGAAGUUAGGGUUGUGCAGCGGAAGUUCAGGCACACCUAUCACGAAGACCUGGUGGUGUGCCAGGCAGGUGUGAGUUGCCCAGAUUUCCCUCCUGCUCUCAAACCUCAUGAGGAGUUUGUAGUAGCCAACAGGGACUGUGUCCCAGCACAGCCCGGUGCUGAAUCCGCGAAAGGUUCCACUAACACCAGCAAACACUGGACUAGUUUUGUCCUCACAGAGAAUGCCAGCGAUGCAAUAGGAAUACUUAACAAUUCUGCUUCGUACAACAAAAUGUCUGUUGAAUAUAAAUAUGACUACAUGCCCAACCGCAUGUGGCGUUGUCGAGUGUUUCUACAAGAUCACUGCUUGGCUGAGGGAUAUGGCACUAAGAAGACCAGCAAGCAUGCUGCAGCUGAUGAAGCGCUGAAAAUUUUGCAGAAGACUCAGUCAAAUCUAACAGCCAUCAAAAUGACCCAGGUUCAGAAGGUGGGCCGCUCAUCGCAAGGGUCUGGGAGGAAGAAGGACCUGAAGGACCUUGUGGUUUAUGAGAACUCUGAUAACCCGGUGUGCACGCUGAAUGACACUGCUCAGUUCAACAAGAUGACGGUCGAGUACGUCUUCGAAAGGAUGACUGGCAUGCGAUGGAAGUGCAAGGUGCUGCUUGAAAAUGAAUUCAUCGCAGAAGCAGUUGGAGUGAAGAAAUCUGUCAAGCAUGAGGCAGCAGAGGAAGCUGUGAAAAUCCUCAAAAAGACUCAGCCAACUGUUGUUAAUAAUCUGAAAAAAGGCACCAUUGAAGACGUCAUCUCCAGAAAUGAGAUUCGGGGGCGAUCGGCAGAAGAUGCUUUGAAACAGAAAAUCAAAGAAGACAACAUUGGGAAUCAAAUUUUAAGAAAGAUGGGCUGGACGGGUGGUGGCCUAGGGAAGGACGGGGAAGGAAUUAGAGAACCUAUUUCAGUGAAGGAGCAGUUUAAAAGGGAAGGACUUGGGCUUGAUGUGGAAAGGGUAAAUAAAAUCGCUAAAAGAGAUAUUGAACAGAUCAUUCGAAACUAUGCCCACUCAGACAGUCACGUUGACUUGACAUUCUCUACGGAACUGACCAAUGAUGAACGGAAGCAGAUACAUCAGAUUGCCCAAAAAUAUGGUCUUAAAAGUAAAUCUCAUGGCCAGGGCCAUGAUAGAUACUUGGUGGUAAGCAGAAAGCGGCGCAAGGAGGAUCUGUUGGACCAGCUGAAGCAAGAAGGCCAUGUUGGGCAUUAUGAGCUUAUCAUGCCUCAAGCAAAUUGAGGUUCACUGUCCGAGUUUACUGGUGAAAAUGACAAAAGACGUUUCUAGAUACCUGGUUGAAGAAAAAGAUGCUGCAUUUCUUGUUGCGUGAUAUGUUAACAUUAAAAUCUUUUACUUUGCUCAUAUGAUUUCUAAAAUGUUGCUGGACAAUUAGGACUGGCCAAGUUCUAUUUGAGCAUAUUAGCACAACCCAACAGCCAUCAGUAGUGCUGUUACUGUAUGUCUUUGAUAUUACUUGUUCCUUCACAUUUUAAUAGUUUUGUAAUAGCAAAAACACAUGUCCAACCAGAAAGAAUUUGACACCGUUUAAAAUUAUAGUUCCUUUAUUCUUCAUAACCUUUUUGACUGAGAAAGGAAAAAAUGCCUUGUUUUAAAAACAAAAAGGAUAAAAAGCAAAAGAAAUGCAGUUUGGAGGAAUAAAUCUGUAUGUAAAGUUGGUAUUGAUGACAAUAAAAAUACAGCUUUAUUUCUGGAAAAAAAAAGAAGGAAAAAACAAGUUUGUCACCUUUUGUGUAAAAAGAAGUGUGUGAAAACUGCAUUUAUUCCUAAGAAAGGUGUAUAUAGCAAGGUCUUGUCUCUGCUGUGUACAUAUGUGGAGAAAAAUGUCCUUAUCCACUGUAACAGUACGGUUUUAUUCAUAGGCUUUUACCUUGAGCCUCCCAUACUGACAGCCACUGAAUGCACCUUACUCAUCAGUGUACAGGACUUAGAUAAUUCCAGUGGAUUUUAACCUUGAAGCACUGCUUGACGUAUGUAAAUACCACAGUGAAGUGUGAAAUAUAAAAACUGGAGGUAAACACA